GGGCCCUCCAGCUCUGACGUCCAAGUCGUCCGUCUCAACAACUUCAGCAUCGAAGACCACCUCCGCAAAUCGAUGUUCCGUGCCAAUUCCAAUUCCAACUCCAACUCACGCGCAUCGACCUAUCCCCCUUUUCCCGGCUCCUAUCCUUCUUCUUCAAAACAAAGAGGAGGUAUCCCGACCGGCAAAGAACGCGCCGCGCGUGAUUCCCUCGCUCGUAAAAAGUUGAAAGGUAAUCCUUUUGUGCCACCUGCCGAUGGAAGAUGUCCGGUCGAUGGCUUGCCGAACGAGCUGUUGGCAUAUAUUUUUACGUUGGGGGUCGAGGCGCAGAGGGCGCGAGACGAGGACGAUGAUGGGACGGAGGAGGAGGACGAGGAGAAGUUCGAUUGGGAUGAUGAUGAGGAUGAGGACGACGACGACGACGACGACGAUCAGCCGGAAUCCGAGUUUCAGAUCUUGGUCUCCCAUGUCUGUAGACGAUGGAGGGAUGUCGCUAUCCAGAGCCCCCAUCUAUGGACCGAGCUCGACUUCACCGACGGGCCCCCCUUCGACAAAGCCAAGACCUACAUCCAACGCUCAAAAGAAUGUCCUCUCGACAUCGACAUCGACUGCACCGACCCUGAAGAAGAUGAUUAUUCCACCUCCGACUCCUCCACCUCUCCUCCGCCCCAUCUUAUCUCCCCCGCCCACCUCGACACCAUCCGCGACAUCAUCCUUCCCCACGUCGCACGCUGGGGCGUCUUCGAGCUCAUGGUCUCGGACUAUAAAGUGAUGUAUCACACGCUCAAGAGUCUCGCCAGUGCAGGCGAGGCGAGCCAACUCAAGGCAUUGCAGUUGUAUCAUUAUGAAGACGAGGCGGAGAACGAGGACGAGGAUGAGUUUAGGUAUGAGGAUAUGAAGGAGGGGUUGAUUCCGUUUGGAGGGAGGGCGCCACAGCUGAAACAUGUCGCUUUGUGGGGCGUGCAUCUUGAUUGGGAUAAGGCGAGUUUCCUGGAAGGACUCGAGGAUCUGGAGCUGGCGUACCAUUCAAAGGACGUCCGACCCUCCUACGACUCCUUCACCCGCAUCCUCUCCAACUCCCCCUCCCUCACCACUCUAACCCUCUGCUCCUCCGGCCCCUCCGGCGAUCCCUCCUCCUGGCCCACCGAUCCCCUCACCACCCUACCCACCCACACCGUCCUACCCUCGAUCCAAAACCUCGUACUAGCCUAUCACCCAUGCAACUACAUAACCCCACUCAUCGCCCGGCUCUCCCUGCCUAACCUGUCCACACUCGCACUCGACUACGACACCGAAGAUUUCACGGAAUUCGUCCUCGAUGGGCUUCUCGCGCCCCGGAGAUCGAGCAGCACCUACGGCGGCUGUGCAUCGAUGGUCGCCGGCCUCGAAGGCCUGAAGAUCAGCGAGCUGAAUUGUACGCAGGAGGCGGUGAUGAAGUUGUAUGAUGCGAUGCCGAACCUGAAGAUGCUGAACAUCGACGCCCACCGUCUCGACGGACUCUUCUUCUCCCUGCUCGAUCCUUCGAUACCUUCACCAUCCUCCGACGGCCUUUCCCUCCCUCCCUCCACCGCCCCUCCCCCCAGUCCCACCACCAACACCACCAACCCCGCCAUAAACAACAACAACAACACCCCCACCAAUACUACCAACACCACAACCCCACCCGCCAAAAAACUCUACCUCCCCUCGCUCGAAACCCUCUCCACCCGGGGCGUCCCAGGCCCCUACCUCCGCUCCCUAAUCACCUCCCGCCGCGCAUCCGGCCAUCCACUGAAACGUCUGCUCGUAGAGAUGGAGGACGAUAUAGGGACGGGAGACGAGGCGUGGUUGAGGGGGAACGUUGAGGAGUUUGCGUGGUUUGAGGGGAGCGAUGAUGGGGAUGAGGAGGAUGAGGAUGUGGUGCUUGAGGGGGAUGUUUUGAGUAUUGAUGACGAUGAUGAGGAGGAGAGCGACGAGGAGAGCGAUGAUAUGGCGGAUAUUCCGAUUGAGGAGGAGGGGGAUGAGGAGUGGGAAGAUGAGGAUGAAGACCGGAAUGGUGGGCGUGGGCAUGUGCUUGAUAUGUUGGAUGAUGUGGAUUGAAUUUGAGCGUUGUGAGUUUCUCGAAGUGUGGCUUAAGAUAUGUAAUAAGUAGAGGUCCAAUGGCGUUUCGUUGUACGAGGGAAUGAUACAAAACAUGGUAUUACAUCUACAUAGAUACUUUAAAAGAACAGAGACAAAUACGGGGUAAAAAGUGUGGGGCCGCGGAUAUGAGUAUGUCAGGGGCAAGAAUACCGAACGCAAACAGGCAAAAAGCGAGAAACGAGAGCAAGUGCAUACAGAACAACAAGAUUAAUUUCGCUUCCACUUCCAUGUCCAUCUUCUCCGCUGCCAGCAGCCCGCCAAAAUCCAAAACCUACAACAUCCACCUGCCGUACGCGUUGAGUAGCACAAAUCCCGUCACCGUCUCAAAGCCUGCCUAGCCACCCCAAACACCAUCUCCGGCAACUCCUCCUCAUACUCCCACGACGCCGUGCUCGGUUUCCUUGCCUUUCCCUUCAACGACAUAUCCGCACUGCUCCCUAUUCCCUGGAUAGACGGUCGAUGGGGCGACGGCAUCGCGAUAAGCACUGAGACCUGCAUCGCUUCCGGUUGAGGUUCCGGUUGCUGAUGCGAGGGUGAUGAGGGCUGAGGAGAUGUGUCCUCGGAAGAUGAGGUAGUGUCGGUAGACGCAGAAGACGGGGCACGUCGUGAGAAUGGGUUGAGACGGGAUAUGAGCGGGCGGGUGGAGAAGGAUGAGUAGGCGCUGUCGAAUGUCUGGCUGCUGGGAUCUUGAGCGUGUCUAUGGGUAUGACUAUGCGAAUGCGAAUUGGAAUCAGGGGAUUUUGAGCUGAACAGAGGCUGUACGGAGACGGGCAUAAUAUCCCGCCAGCCGUUCUUUUCCUUUCCACCCGUCCCCGCGACCCAUGUAUCCCACAUCUUCGGUUUCUCUCCGAAAUUGUGCAAACUACCGAGAUAGAUCCCGUGUGAAGGGUGGAGCACACCCGCCAGGAUGGCUGCCUCGACGCGUUGGCGGAAGCGUCGGCGGAGGAUGAAGGAGCGCAGGAUGAUUGCGCAUGAGACGAAGAGGAGGAGGAAGAGGGUGGCGAGGAAGGUGAAGAGAUAAAGCGAUGAGUUAGCAGCUCCUCCAGUACUCCCGCUACCAUCAUCCCCGCUCGACGAGUCCGUAGAAGACGCACUGGCCGUGCUAUCGACCGUGCUCGACGGCGGGCUCGGAAACUCGGGGAAAGUGCUGCUCGACAUUAUUGUGGGGCUCGACUGGCGAGCUGAGCUACGUCGUCGUUGUGGACGUCG